AUGAGCGCAUGGCGGCGAAGAUCAGAGCUUCAAGACGAUGUCAGGGCGGAGGAGAGGCGUCAUCACACGGGGGACCCAGCUGAAAGCAGGCUGCUUCUGUUCUCUCCCCUUAGGUGUGCAGCAGAGGAGGAGGAGGAACAAGUAAUCAUUGGCCGGGAUGUGACUUACCCCGAUAAUGACGUGCUUGGUCUUCAUAGCCUGGGGCAGGCCGUCACGGGGAUGGAGCAUUGCUUCUCAACCCCGCGCCUCAUCCCCACCCCAGAAACUCACACAAGCAGGCGUCAAGCGGCGUCUCAGGUCACCACGGGUUGUGCAGUUGGUUUGGCCGCGCAAGCGCUUUCGCCGGUUCAACAGGCAAACAAUGCCCCAUUCCGCUCCUGGAAUUCUCGCGAGCAGCAGAAGGUGGGGGCAGUGGCUGUUUCCACGGGAGGUGUACUCCCGGAAGCCGUCGAUAGUGGGUGUGCUGAGAGGGCUUCACUUUCUCAGGGAGCCGCCAAGGAAGCAUUGGGUCCAUUCCCAAAGGAUGUUGUGAUGGGGCAGGGGGAUUUGGGUGAGGGAGGGAAGGAAGAUGCCUUUGCCUUGCCGUUACCCUUAUCGACAAGGAAAAGUGGUGGCUGUGAUGACGAAGAUGCUCCUUUAUUUUGUCGAGUCACACCUGUUGGGCGGCGAGGUGCCGUAGGAUGA